CACGUAAAUGAUAAUUUUGUCCAUCGGCAGGCGCCGUACUUUCUGAAGUGACGUCAUCAGCAAGCGACUUUUCACAUGUUCACAACAGAGCAGCGGUGAAGUGCAGAUCACAACUAACUACACAACCAUGAGUGACAGCGACGAUGACAUCCCCGCUCUGUCGGCUCACACUCUGGCGGCCCUGCAGGAGUUCUACAACGAGACCAGCACCGGUCAGGAUCAGAGCACCACACAGGGAGACCAGUUCGCUGUGGGAGCCGUGGAGGAGGACUGGAGGAUGAGUCAGUUCUGGUACAGCGAUGAGACAGCGAGUCGGUUAGCUGAGGAGGUUGUACGAGAAGCUGGAGCGGGAGGAAGGAUAGCGUGUGUGAGCGCUCCCAGCGUGUACCAGAAGCUGAAGCAGGGCGUCGUGGAAGGAUCAGAUGGAGUGUCUUCAGUCGUGUUGGAGUACGACCGCCGCUUCAACACCUACGGAGACGAGUUCAUCUUCUACGACUACAACGAGCCGUUGUCUCUCCCGGCCGGCGUGAAUCCUCAGAGCUUUGACAUCGUCCUCGCUGACCCGCCUUACCUGUCCGAGGAGUGUCUGAGCAAAGUGGCCCAGACUGUCAAAUACCUGAGCAAAGGCAAAGUGCUGCUGUGUACAGGAGCGAUCAUGGAGAGCGCGGCCAAAGAGCUCCUGGAUUUGAAGAUGUGCAGCUUCCUCCCGAAACACAACAGAAACUUGUCCAACGAGUUUCGCUGUUUCGUCAACUACCCGUCCCGUCUGCUCUCCUGCUGAGGACCCGAACAUCCGUCUGAGAGCCUGAGGGAGGAAAACCUGACUCCCUGAUGAUGUCACGAUGAUGUCAUGAGACUACAGAUUUGACUGACUCCAGAAGUUCUGCUGAAGAUGUCAACGUAGACAAGAUGUGAGCACUGGAAAAAAAAGAUGCCAUCGCAUUGCAUCAUGGGAAAUGUAGGACUCAGUGUUUUUGGAAUAACACCCAUGCAAGGAAGUUAAAGUUUAGGAUACCUUGACUUCAUCUGGUUUCAUUUAAAUAUUUUCUAUCAGAGCUUUCUCAAUUUACUUUGCUUUAUCUGACGUCUCAAGAGGAAAAGGAAAAACAAACAAUAUGUAAGAGAUUUAUUUUGAUAAGUGUUGUCGUGCUUCAACAGUUUACUCUCCUGCGAUUCCUCCUGAAUCCAGCUGCUCCCUGCUUUGACCAACACUAACUGGAGGUUUUAUUUGGGUACAAACCAAGACUGGAUUAUCUGAUUUAAACCCCUUUUCAAGAUUUGAUCCAACCUGAUGACUUUCAUCACAUCAGAUUUCUUUAGAACAACCAGACCCGUUCAGAAACAACUUCUUGUUUCCUGAAAAUGAGUUUUGAGAUGAGAGAUAAUUUUUUGCGGGGAGCGGUGAUGUGUUCUAGUACAAACAUGGUUGAUAAAAACCUGUGAUGAGAAGAAGCUGUGGAGGUGUAACAGAAGGACAGAGUACCUUAUUCUCCAGCAGGUGGCAGUGUUGAUCGGCUUGGGAUUGGAUGGAUUUGGUAGAUUUUGAAUCAGCUGGUUGAUCUGUGUUGCUUUAAUGUGUGAAGGUUUGUCCACCAAAGAAAGAUGGACACAUUCUACCUUUAUUUGUUUUGUUAUUUAUCCCUUCAAAAAGAUUAUUUAGUCCACAUUUAAGAGUGUCAGUCUGUUGUAGAUUGAGUUUGCUGUGCUCUGAAGUCAGGAUGUCUUUCUUUAGGUUUAUGCAGAAGCUCUGAACUCCUCUGUUGUUGUAUUUCUUUGGGAACACACAGAAUCCAACAAAUGAGUCUCUGGUGCAGGAUACCUUCUCUGGAGCUCCACAGUCAGCUCUCAUCAGACUUUCUUCCUCACAGGAACGAGUCGUCUUCGUCCUGUUUUGUUCUCUGCUCUCUCCAUGCUCUGGUUGCUCUUGUGUCCGUCCCUCUCCUUCUCCAGCAGCGGCACACACGUGCAUCCCACCGCGAUGGAGACGUAGAUCUCCGUGUAGGAGUGUCGUCCUCCGAGGCAGGAGCCGGUCCUCUUCAGGAUGACGGAGGGAGCGUAGACCGGAGUGCUGCGGUACUGCUCGCUCUCCUCACCGUAGGGUCCCAUCAGGCAGCCUUUACACAGACAGUACGCUUCAGGGAUGUAGCGGGGGUACCUGGACGGGUUGUAGGAGAGCCUGGGAAUGAAAUAAAGGAAAGAAAUCAACAGAUGUUUGUUCCUCCUUUUUUUCCUGCAGAACAAGAAUCAAUUAUUCGAGGUGGUUGCUGCCUUCAGUGACUACAGGUCUUUUUUAAGCAAACUCAGGAUAUAUUUCAUUAUUUCUUCAGCUGUCACACAGUUUUGACCACUGAGGUGGAUAAUGUCCUCUGUUUCUGACGCUCCUGAUGAAAAUGUCAACGUGUUGCCUCAAAUCAGAGAGGACAGGAGGAGCAUUUUGAGCCAGGAGAGAAGUACUAAAGGUCACAGAGAAGACUUAAACUGAUGUCAAAGAGAAAGUUAUGAAUAUAUCAUUUUGAAUUCAUUUAAAUAAAGUAAAUCAUUUGCAUCA